UGUACGUCCCCGUUAGGUCAGAAGGAAACUUCUGACCUCUCUCUGCUUUUAUGACUUCUAAAAGGAGGUUUACCUAAUAGAAAUCUCUUAGCAUCUGCAUCAUGUUACCUUGCACUGAUUUCAUUUAUCGGAACGGAAGGUUCCAUUGAUACACUAUCAAUUUCUGUGUAGGAAAAAGUAACAAUGCUGUGAAAACAGUUCUACUUGUUGUCAUCCCUGUUGCUGCAGCGCUGUUGUUCCUCCUUGCCAUUUUUAUCUACUGUCGAAGAAGGAAACCAGCAAUGCCAAGGAGGACGCAGCUGCACAAACGAGUACUUGACAAUGAAGACCAACAAGAGAUCAAGAGUGCAGAAUCUCUGUUACUUGAUCUGGAGGUGAUCAAGUCUGCCACAAACAACUUUUCUGAUGCAAACAAGCUAGGAGAAGGAGGAUUUGGACCAGUUUAUAGGGGAACACUAGAGGAUGGAGUGCAAAUAGCUGUGAAGAGGCUUUCAAGAACCUCAGGGCAAGGGCUUGUUGAGCUGAAGAAUGAGGUGGUUUUGUUGGCCAAACUUCAGCACAGAAACCUUGUGAGAUUGUUGGGUUGUUGCUUACAAGAGGAGGAGAAAUUACUUGUCUAUGAGUACCUUCCUAAUACAAGUCUUGACAAUGUCUUAUUUGAUCCUGUGAGGAGAGUGCAAUUGGACUGGGCAAGGAGGUAUAAGAUCAUCGAGGGCAUCGGGCGAGGACUUCUUUAUCUCCACGAAGAUUCAAGGCUCAAGAUCGUUCACCGGGACCUAAAAGCCAGCAAUAUCUUGUUGGAUGGGGAUAUGAACCCCAAGAUUUCAGACUUCGGUCUCGCCAAGCUUUUUGAUGUGGACGAGACACAGAGGAACACUAGCAGAAUUGCCGGAACAUAUGGAUAUAUGGCACCAGAGUAUGCUCUGCGGGGGCGCUUCUCGACUAAUUCAGAUGUUUACAGCUACGGUGUGCUAAUUCUGGAGAUCUUGACUGGUCGAAAGAACAGUGGCUACCAAGGAUCUGGGAAUUCCAUUGACCUUCUAAGCUAUGUCUGGAGGCAUUGGAAUCAAGGGGAUGCAUUGCAGGCGGUUGACCAAAGUGUGGUCGAUCAAUGUCGACCUCAGGAAGUGUUGAGAUGCAUGCAUAUAGGGUUGCUGUGUGUCCAAGAAGACCCUGCACAAAGACCCAGCAUGGCAUCCAUAACUCUUAUGCUUAAUAGCUACUCUGUUAGUCUUCCUACUCCUUCAGCACCUGCUUUUGUCACUCAUAGUAUCACAGAAGUCAGUUUGCAAGGGAGAGAGAACAGUAAAGGAAGCACGACAAGUUCAGCAAAAGAAUCCACAAAUGAAGUUUCCAUCUCUGAAAUGGAUCCCAGAUAG